AUGGAUCCGCUCGAUCAAGGCUCCGACCCGGCGAUACCAGCGAGAGGGAGCAGACCUGGUAGCCGCGGGGGGAGCCGGCCUGGCAGUCGUCCCGGCAGUCGUCCGGGUAGCCGGCCCGGCAGCUUAAGCGGCAGCCCGCGCCACUCACGGAGCCGAUCCAGCGUGUCUAUUGGAAGCGACAGCUAUGGCACGCCUGACGGCUCUCCAACAUCUUCUUCCGCCGCGGCGUCGCAUCGCGCGAUAAUCAGCCCAGAGCGCCGACGAGGCGCAAUUGCGCGCGACACGGGCCAUGCCAUGGCGGGGAGUUCACGUCCCUCGUCGUCCGCGUCUUCGCGCCACGCACGGCUGGACCGACCGCCGCCACUGGUGCGACCAAUCAACGACCCAGAGGGGCCUGACGUGGAACUGGAGAGCCCCACGUCAGACGACGAAAUCACCGAUGCGGACCUGAUUGCCUACUCUUCCGGCCCGCGACCGCUGCAGCCAACUACCUCGGGAAUACCGUCGUCUCCGCCUCCUCUUCUCGCCGACCCGCCCAUCGUACCCGGCGGCGAUUAUUUCUUCGGCCGGCCCAGCUCUAUCAGUUCAGCAGGCGGAGGCUCGGCUUCUGGCGGUGGGGGUCUUAAGUUCCCCCCGUUGAGCGGGCGCGGAGGACGGCCGGGAGCGAACAAGCCAACGCUCGUCAUCCCGCCUGUGAUGAUCGACGGUGUGACGGUCCCGUCGCCCUCGCCGCAAGAAGCGUCGCCCGACCCGGAAGAUAUGGCUCCGUCGCCCGCGCCGCUCUUCCACUGGCCGUUCGCGACCAACAUGCCGAUCAUCUCGCCAGGUUUCACGCAUCAAUCCGCGCAACAGCAGGCCCCCGGUUCCGCCGGGUUCACUCGCGGUGCGGCAACGCGCGCGGACGCGCUUGCGGCGGCCGCCGCCAUUGUCGCAGGACUCGGGGACGACACGAUCGAAGGCGGGGGACCCAUCGCUGCGCCGCCAACGCUUCCGCGGACGCUGUCGCGGGAAAUGUCGCGCGAGCUUUCACGCGGACUGUCCCGCAGCGGCGGCGGCGGCGGAGGCGGCGGCGGCGGGAUGGGGGAAAUGGGCGGAGGGCUGCAGCGGCAGCUUUCGCGUGCGCUAUCGACGGAACUCUGGGAUAUUCCUCUUUCCACGGUGCCAUCAAUCUUCUUCUCCGCCACUCCCCGCCGCCAAGCGCCCCCGCCGCCGCCAGUGAACAUAGGCGCGACAGUGGUGGCUGACAGCAGCAAGGCGCAAAAUAAUUGGUCCGUGACGCUCUGCGGCUCGUGCGGGCGUCACUCCACGUGUCUGUGCGUGGAGGCCGUGCUGUGCCCGUGCAUCACGGUGGGCCGAGUCGCAGUCGCCGUCGAUCCCGCCUCCUACUCGCACUGCGGAGCGUCCACGUGCUUCUCGCUGCUCUCCUGUAUCUUCUCCUGCCAUGUGCGUGUGCUCUACAUCCUCUACUCCGCGACCCUGCGCAACAAGGUGCGGGCCAAGUACGCCAUACAGGGCUCCGCGUGCGGGGACUGCUGCGCGCACUGCUGCUGCCACGCCUGCGCGCUCAUGCAGGAGCUUCACGAGCUACAGGUGCGCCCCCCCGCAUCCCCCGCACCCACUCCCGCGUCCUUGGAUGCUUGUAUGCCGCUCACUGGAUGCUUCUCUGUCGCGCAACUCGCUGAUGACUCUUUCAUGUACUGGCCUCCCAGAUUCUCUCUGUCACUGUCCUAA